AUGUCUCUUCUAUCGUGUUUCGGGCGGAAAAGUUCUAACCACCACUAUGAAGAUUAUAUUGAUGUUAUUGAUCUGAAUAACUCUGAUCUAGUCGACGUGCCAUUACAGAUAUUUAUGUACGAAAGAUCCCUAGAGAAGUUGUUAUUAUCUUCUAACCACAUUAAGGAUCUCCCUUUGCCUUUAUUUCAUUGUCUACAGUUAAAAAUAUUGCACAUUAGUGACAAUAGAAUUGAACAUCUUCCGAAAGCAAUUGGUUCAUUGGUUAAUCUUAUUGAGCUGGACGUGAGCAGAAAUUAUUUAUGUUCAAUUGAUGAAAACAUUAAAAAUUGCAAGAAACUUUCUGUUUUAAAUUUAAGUGUUAAUAAUUUAUCCCAAUUUCCUAUCCCGUUGACUCAGAUGUUAUCUUUAGAAGAACUUUGUUUAAAUGAUACUCAGUUAGAAUUUAUUCCAGCAAACAUUGGACGUCUUAUUAACUUAAGAGUAUUAGAAUUAAGGGAUAAUAAAAUAUCUCAAAUACCAAAGGCAGUAUCCCGUUUAAUGCAACUGUAUAGACUUGAUAUUGGACAAAAUGACUUUAUUGAAUUUCCUUCAGCAAUAAGUGAUCUUUAUGGGUUGCAUGAGCUGUGGAUUGACUCCAAUGAUAUUGUGGAUAUUCCUUCAGAAAUCAGCAAUCUUCAUGAAUUAUGGUACUUAGAUGCUAGUAAUAAUAGAAUAUCUAAAAUUGAUCAAGAUAUUCAAUACUGUUCAAAAUUGAAAGACCUUCACCUAUCAUUUAACAAUUUAAAAUGUUUACCUAGUUCAAUGAAGCAUUUACAUGAUUUAGUAACAUUAAAAGUAGAUCAUAACUGUUUGAAACAAAUGAAUGGUGUUUUUGAAGGCCUUCAAUGUUUAGAAGAACUGGAUGCUUCUUAUAACUUUUUAGAAACUUUAUCACCUUCAGUUGGUUUAAUGAGAAAAUUAAUGAUCUUACGUUUAGAUGCUAACAGAUUAAAUAAUAUACCAACUGAAAUUUGUAGUUGUAGAAGUUUAAGGGAACUCAGUCUACGGUCAAAUAAUUUAUCAAGUAUACCCGAUGGUAUAGGAAGCUUACAAAAUUUAGUUGUUUUAAUGUUAACACAAAACAAGAUUAAAAAUCUUCCACUUUCUGUUUUAAAGUUAAAAAAUCUCAAUGCUCUUUGGCUUUCAGAAAAUCAAAGCAAACCAUUGACACCUUUACAAAAUGAUUAUGAGAAUGAGACUGGAAAACAUAUUUUAACUUGUUAUUUAUUACCACAAAGAGAAGAUAAUUUUAUUGAAAACAAAGAUCAAUGCAAUAAAUCUAUUAAAACUAACACAAGGAUCCGGUUUACUGAAGAUUCUGUCUUAGAAGAACCAGGAAAUUUAAUGAGAGUUCCUACACCACACCCAAAAAAGAUGAGAGCUUUUGCCAAAAUGUUAUUGGAAAGGAAAAAAAAAAGCAACGAACCAUCAGUAACCAUUGACAAUCUCGAAACAUCUAAAUCAACUGAAAUUGAUCACAAUAUAGCAAUCGAUCAAGAAGCCGAAAAAAUGGAAGAACUUUAUCAAAUGAAAAGUAGUAUUAUAGAACCAGAAAAUUUAUAUGAGCCUAAAGUGAACCCUCAGAGAGUUCCUCCACCUUAUCACAUUGCAGCAGCAUAUUCAAAACAAGUUUCAUUUUUUAAUAACAAACAUCAUAGUUAAAAUAAAGGUAAUUUAUUACCUAGAAAUUUAUAUUUUUUAGAUAAAAUUAUUAUUUCUAUUGUUAUGAGUUGCUUAAUUUUAAUUUUUACCAUAAAACUAUAUCAUAAGUAUCACAUUUUAGUCAUCACACAUUAAAUAUUAUUGGUAAACAAAUAUUAUAUUCAUUAUUUAAGUAUGUAAGUAUGUUGAAA